UGUGGCCGCUGCUGUCGCGUGCAUGGCGUGCAUGUGUUCAUGUGAGACCCACCGCCCCCAUUUCAUUUGCAUUUGAAAAUUUGCUGAAAAUAAACCACGGGGUUAAUUAAAGUGGCAGCGGAAAAACAGUAUCAAGCUGCAACACCAGAUGAGGCGUAUGGGGUUAUCACAAGUUGCCCAGCAACUGCUACAUUUCGACACACUGUGCAACCAGUCGCAUAUCGAGAAUCCGCAACUGGCAUGCCAAAUAUGUGAUAGUCGUCAUCUUCCGUGGAAAUAUAAUCUUGAUUGUCAGCGUUCCCUUUGUGCAGUGAAUUGCGCUUCAUUUAUCUUCCUUCGUCGUUGAAAACGCACUCUGCCGGAGUAGCAAGGGAUAUGUCAGCCACAGUGCAGACGGGUCACUCCUGGGAUACGGUCGUGCGAAACUUCGCCGAGAAUGUGGGCAUCUUGGAGCCCUCCCAGGUUUACAACCAGGUUGAACGCUUGCGUGCUGCCCUGCUCCAGCAGGGUAUUGACUUGGGAACUCAACGACAGCACCUGACUCCGGAGGAGAUGACACCCAUCAACAGGGUGUUAUGUCCCGUCGAGGUUCAGCUUAUAGAAGGUGAGGAAGGAAUGGAGAUCACAAGUGCACCGUACACUGGAGAACCGUGUGCCUCGGACGAAGCCCUCGUAAACGCUGGCUUUGUCUUCUGCUGGCUUCUGAGUACAAACGUUGAUGUCAGAACCAUUGACAUCGAUGGCACGACACUUUUGAAGCUCCUGCCUUCGGCUCUCAAAAUUGGUCUCUCUUCAAACACCACCGUUCGGAAGAUUAAAGUUGGUCUCUGGAGCGAAGAAACUGAGAAGCAUGGUGCAUGUUUGGCAGACGGUCUCCAUGCUGGUCUUCCCCUGGAAGUUUACAACAACCAUGGGGUCGAGUUGUCUGACCAAUCCGCAGCCCGCGUUUCGGACGUCCUGAAACAGUGCAAGGCUACACUGGAAGCAGUCUCAAUGGGCAGCGGCCCACAACCAGGACCUAGCCAGGGCAACAUAAAGCUGUUGCUCGAAGCGCUGAUUGGAGCACGUAAACUUUCGAGCAUAUAUCUGUCCAGCUACGAUUUGGGAAAGGAAGGAGGCGAAAUCCUGGCAGAGGUUCUGCGGACCAGCUCCACGCUGAAGAAACUGUCCAUUCAGCAACCUGCGGAUGAAGCCCUGGACUCUCUGGUCGACGGCCUCCGCGCAAGUUCUUCGCUCGAGGAGCUCGGAAUAUGGUACAACUACAAUUCCUCGGGUAAAAUUGCGCUCCCAAUAGCUGACUUCAUGAGGCAUAACAGCAGCAUUAAGAGCCUGAACCUGUCGUGUAUGAAUAUAGACGUGGACGGUGCCAGAGCUCUAGCAGGCAUGCUCACUGAGAACAGGACACUCAAGGAGCUCAACCUGGAGACAAACAAGAUCGGUAACGAAGGCGCUGCAGCAUUUGCCGACGCAAUGCGUGUGAAUAACACAUUGGAAACACUAAAUCUCUCUGGGAACGACAUCGACGGUGACAAUACGCGCUCUUUGGUUAAUGCUCUUCAGGAAAACAAGUCUAUUAAGCGUCUCCUCCUUUACCCAGGCGUCAAAGCACCGUCGAUCGACGUAGUAUGUCGGGUAGCGUACAGACUGGAAAACGCCGGAUUGCAAGAGUUAGCGAGAGCUCUGGAAAAUGGAGCAGUAGUUGAGAAGCUCAAAGUGUCCUGGGACGAGGGUUUCAGUCCGCUGUACGUGGGGCAACUUUUCAGCGCCAUCGGAACCAACAACUCCAUUAGGGAACUUCGUAUCGACGGUUCUGCCGGCUAUAUCGACCCCUACGCUGCCGGACUUCUGUCCCAUACGUUCGCAAGCAGUACCUCGUUGAGGACAGUUCAUUUCUCGUACGAGUUUGAAGACCCCAACGUCGUCAUGUCUCUUUUUGUUGGUCUAUCGCGCAACAAGAGCAUCCGGGAAAUCAACUUCGGACAUAUGUCUUUAGCGUACCGUGCGGUUCCUGAAGUUCUGAGGAACUUGUUAAACGCAAACAGUACCCUGCGCAGUUUCUCUUCAUAUGAUUCUAAUAUCCACGCAAAGGAUAUGGUGCCAAUCCUGGAAGGACUUGCCGAAAACUAUACGCUGACGGGUCUGGACCUUGGGCAGUUGAGCGAACCUGGCGACGAGCUGUUACAGGUGCAAGAACUAGUUCGUCGCAACCGAAAAAUGCUGAAACGCGCUGUGCAGUUCGUCUUUGGGAAACAGCGGGAUGACAAAGCGCGAGAAGCCUAUCGGAGGCUCAGUUCUUCAGUGUCGUUGAUUGAAGAAAUUAUGAAGCUGCGAAGCUUGUCUCAAGAUGCAGCGAGGGAACUUGUGCUAUCGGCAGGAGUUUGUGCCUGAUUAGUUCAGUACAGUGACUUUCAAUGUCUGUGUCUGGUGGACUGCCAUUUUGAUUUGCCAGCUGUGUUGCAUAAUAUUAAAGCUUGUUAUAUUUUCAA